CAACACAUAGGCGCUCGAUAUCUCGACUCAAACGACAUGGCUGUCCGUUCGAAGCCUCUAGCCGCCCAGCAAAGAUUGCCUAUGCCAUCCUCAGAAGAUAGAGCGCAUCCUAGGAACCGCAAACGACUUCUCCCCCUCCGAACCUCCCGUGUUGAGAAGACGUCGGCGAUUGGGAAAGAAUCUACAGUUGAGACGGAUAAUAAGCAACAAGAGGCAAGCAAAACAACGACACGAAAGCGACCUCGAACAACCGAAGCCAAGCAAACCGCUGAGCUCAGACGAUCUAAGCGGUCUCGAAAACUUGCCCAGCAGCCCUUACCUCUCCAGCAAUCUGAAGGGAGGAAGCGACGCCUAAAUAUCUCAGAAUCUGGCGCAACUGGUGCUUCUCACAAACGGGCACGACACAAUCCUGACAAAGCUGCUGUUGACAGCUCAGCUGAACAAGAGGAGGCAGACAACGUCAACAGCUAA